AUGCCUUACAGGAAAGAGGAAGAAGGCGCCCGCCCCAGCCCGUCCCCAGCAAGCUCUGUACCCCCCAGCAUCCAAAACUACACGGAGAAGCUGGGUCGGUACCACUCGUACGAGGCCGUCCGCCGAGCUUUCCGGGUGUGGGAGCAAGCCACGCCACUGGUGUUCCGCGAGGUGCCCUACGAGGACAUCCGGCAGAAGCGGAAGAAGGAGGCUGACAUCAUGGUGCUCUUCGCCUCCGGCUUCCACGGAGACAGCUCCCCCUUCGACGGCGUCGGGGGCUUUUUGGCUCACGCCUAUUUUCCCGGUCCUGGCAUGGGGGGGGACACGCACUUCGACUCGGAUGAGCCCUGGACGCUGGAGAACGCGGAUGUGUCUGGGAACAACCUUUUCUUGGUGGCCGUGCACGAGCUGGGGCACUCACUGGGCUUGGAGCACUCCAGCAACCCCAGUGCUAUCAUGGCCCCCUUCUACCAGUGGAUGGACACGGAGAACUUCCAGCUGCCCGAGGACGACCUCAAGGGCAUCCAGCAACUGUAUGGUACGGCAGAUGGGCACCCUCAGCCCACCAAGCCUUUGCCCACCGUGACACCCCGGAGACCUGGCAGGCCAGACCAGAGACCCCCGAAACCAGCCCCCCCGGGGAAACCGGAGCGACCCCCCAAGCCCGGCAACCCGGACCGACCCGACCAGUACGGCCCCGACAUCUGCGACGGGAACUUCGACACGGUGGCGGUGCUGCGUGGGGAGAUGUUUGUGUUCAAGGGCCGCUGGUUCUGGAGGGUCCGGCACAACCGGGUGCUGGACAACUACCCCAUGCCCAUCGGGCACUUCUGGCGGGGCCUCCCUGGGGACAUCGACGCCGCCUACGAGAGGCACGACGGGAGGUUUGUCUUCUUUAAAGGUGAGCAGGGAGAGCCGGGUUAUCCCAAAUCCAUCCUACGGGACUUCAUGGGCUGCCACACGGAGCUGGUCCCGGACCCGCAUCCUCGCUGGCCCGAUGGGGACCAACCCCCCUUCAACCCUGACGGGGAUGGGCGGGCUGAAGACAGGGAGGAGGAAGAGGAGGAGGAGGAGGAAGAUGAGGAGGAUUACAGCGAGGGCGGCCGCCAGCCGGGCGGCGACGUGGACGUGGUGGUGCAGAUCGACGAGUACACGCGCACCAUGAGCGUCGUCAUGGUGCUGGUGCUGCUGGUGCUGCUGCUGUGCAUCCUCGGCCUCAUCUACGUCAUCAUCCAGAUGCAGAGGAAGGGCGCGCCCCGAAUGCUCUUGUACUGCAAGCGCUCCUUGCAGGAGUGGGUCUGA